AUGCCUGGUUUUGAGGCCGCUGGGGCUGUACUUGGAACUAUUCCAUUAUUGAUUUCAGCUCUUGAGCACUAUCAGCAUGGAAUGCAAGCAUUAAAAAAGUGGAGGAGAUACGAGACCGUUAUACAAUGUUUGAUUCGAAAUAUCAACAUUGAGCGGGCAAGGCUUCAAAAUGUCUGUGAAAAGGUAUUGGACGGCUUAGUUCUGUCCGCCCAAAUUGAUGCCAUGGUGAAAAAUCCUAAUGGGGAUCUAUGGACGAACGAGGAGAUUCAGGAAAAGAUUCGAGCUAGGCUAUGGACAUCUUGGACCGUCUUUCAGCAAACAUUGAGAGAUAUUCAGGUAGCCAUAACGUACCUAAGCGAGAGGGUAGGAGACGGAAGCGACGUACGACGGUUAAAUACAUCUCUGGUGGGAAACGAGCUCUCUUCUUCAUUAAGGAAGGGGCUCGCAUCUCUAUUAAACAAGGAGCUCAAGCGUGUCGAGUUCCUGCUUCGUCAAUCAACAUAUGAGGAUCUCUUGAGUACUGUGAAAGAUGGUAUCUCGAGCCUCGAAUCUCUAGCAUCGAUGAAUAUUGAGCUCGAACCAAAGAGAAGAGUCAGAUCUCGUGUCCGGCUUCUAAACAUACUACGCAGUCUAUCUUCGAGCGUUUACCGCGCUGUCUGCUAUAGCCUAACGUGCGCGUGCAAACAUCACAUCUCGAUGCGUGUCUCAGAUUACAAAACCGACAUUACGCCUGAUCAUGACGACGAAUAUGUUUUUCAAAAGCUGCAACUACAUCUCGCCCUGUCAACUUCAACUCCUCGGGCGCAAUUUGAAGAGUCCACAUUCAUUGCGAAUGACACACGGUGGAAAGAGCUCCUCAUACGAUCAAGCCUACCGCCACAAAUGCCAGUCCAAAUAUGUAAUUCGCUACCAGGUACUACUAAGCCAAUAACAAGCCGAACAAAGCAAAAGCAGGUCAAGUUUCUGCCUCUGUUUUCCUCAUCUACCACAGCGACCAUGGUUCAGACGGAAACAUCUUUAGCAAACAUGUCUCUCGAAGCAAUAGAUGUCGCUUUGGCUAAGCCCAACACUCAACCGGCAAUUGACCUGUGCGAUGAGUUGAAGAAAUCGGAUUACUUUGGAAUAAUCUCUGAUAAAUCUCACACAAACACAAGAAGCUACUCGGUUUCUCCUUUUACCUUAUCCGCCGGAAAUUGGAAAAUGGUGUCCUUGAAAGACAGCCUGGAAUCUCCUAAUGUACAAGUCUCGUAUAAGCAAAGACUACAGCUUUCAGUACUUAUUACAAGAAGCGUACUGCAGUUUUAUAAGACUCCAUGGCUACCCGAAAUACCGAGCAAUCGAGAUAUCUUCUUCGUUCAAAGUGAAAGUGGAAGCUCCUUUGACUAUGAUCGACCGUUUCUCAUGGCGAGAAGUGACCAAUCGGAGGCCAAACUAAAGACGAUCGACAAUCCCACCAUUCGGAACCCAACGCUAUUGGCGAUUGGGGUGCUAUUAAUUGAGCUUCUCCAAGGGAAACCUAUAGAAUCUCUUCAAGCGCCGGAGGAAAAGGAGCUCGGAAACGAUUCUCUAUCACUUUAUACGACUGCAUCAAGGCUCCUGAGAGGAGUGUACCGCGAGGCUAGUUCCAACUAUGGCACUGCAGUAAGCCGCUGCAUCGAUGGCAAAAUUCAAGGGAAGCAUCUCAAUUUGGAAAACGAAAACGAUCUUCAUGAUAUUUACUGUGGAGUUGUUGCUCUUUUGGAAGAAGACUUGAACAAUUCAUAG